AUUCACUGAUGUUUGUAAAGUGUAAAAUGUCGUUCAUGAUUCUGUCAUUGUCAUAUGUUUGGUGUUAGUGGUUGGGAGCGUUCGCCAGUAAUUUUAAUUGGUAUUUUUAGUGAAAAUUGGACACAUUGCGUAUAAUUUACGUGAAACUUCUAGUGGAGUUUAAAAUUUAUUAAUCUUAAAAGUUGUGUUAGUAAACUUGUUUAUAUUACACUACGAUCACUUGAGAAUGCUAAGUUAAAACUUUAAUAUAUUGCAUGUCACUGGCAUGAUGUAAUGCUUGUUUCUUAUAAAUGUAUGCUACUUUAAUCCUUUUUAAAUAUUAGGAGCACUUUUUUGAGUUAGUAAAAUAAUGACCUCAAGAAGGAAGUUUGUCAAAAUGUUAUAUUGUAUGGUAGCUGAAAACACAGUUGUGACUAAAAGGGAUGGUAGUAAUGAUAUAAUUACGCUUUUUAUGGGAAGUUUAGUUCAUGUAGAUCAUAAAAUAUCAGAUGAGUUAUGUGCUGUUAAAGUUGUAGUUUGUGGAUCAAGUUAUGAUGAAACUGUUGAACAAUAUGAAUGGAUAUGUCGCUUUGAUAGGUUGUUGCCUGUCACUAAAGUUCUUUGGCCAUUGCUGGAAGCUAUUUCAUCUCCAUUGGAAAGAGUGCAAAUUCUUCAAGACGAAAUACGCUGUAGAGAAUUGUGCUCUAUAGAAGUUGGAAGUGUAGUUAAUGUAUUUUGUGUGGGGGGAAACAAACUACAUCCUCCGGAAACUGCUGUCGUCAGAUAUAAGGGACCUGUUGCUAAAAAGGGUCAUGGAACUUAUUUUGGAGUGGAGUUAUUGGAAUCCAAGUCACCGGACAACUGUAAUGGUUCGUUCGCUGGCCAGCAAUACUUCACCUGUAAGCCAGGCUGUGGCAAGUUCGUCACGGUGAACGAGUUACGCUUGGUCGAUCCUCCCCGCUACACUCCCUCGCCUCCGAUGGUGUCUCGGCACUCCGCCACCAACACCUACCAGUCCUCCGUUUCUGUAUGGUUGGAGGACAAACCUGCUAGGCCCAGCAGCACCGACCCCCUUGCUUCCAGUAAAAGUGAGGGUCCUGUACCACUAAAACCUGGAGACCACGUGGUAUGGGUGUCCGACACAGGCCAGGAUAGAGGUGUGGUGCGCUGGCUGCACUGGGGGGAUGACGGACAACUCAAAGUUGGUGUUUAUUUUGAGGAGUUGAUGCCUGGAAGCGAUGAUUUGGAUAAGAAAACAGUUCCGAUACCAGCUCUAGAACUGGUCAAAGCUGAAGACUUCUAUGGAACCAACACUGAGAACAAGAGGACAAAGACACGCACGAAGAGUGAGAGUAGUGGAGGUGGGCUGAAGGAGACCAACGUGAAGCUGCGGCGAAGUGAUUCGUUCCGAUGGGUAAAUGCAGAGUGCGAUGUCUCAGCACGUGUUCAAGACACGGGAGAGUUCCUUCACCAAGCACCGGCAGGCAACAGCAAGAUAAGGCAGGGUCCUGGCGAUCUUAUCAAACUUGCAUCAUCUCCUGUCAACGUUCCUGAAGAUGCUCUGCUGUCCAGCAGCGGCAGUGAAGCCGGCAGCUACUACGACACCCCAGAACCCCUUCCAUCACCUGACCUGGGCGUCGGUUCCCUGGUAGAGGUCAGGGUGGAUGACGAACCUCUCUACGGUGUCAUACGAUGGAUCGGCAACCUGCCCGGUGACAAACCUGGCCGCUGGGUCGCUGGCAUAGAGAUGGAGGAGGAGCACCCUGGCCAAAGCGAUGGAACUUUCCACGGUCGAAGGUACUUCACUUGUAAUCCGCAACGGGCGUUCUUUAUCGGACUGAACCAGUGCCGGAAAGACUCUAGGUUCCUUGAUGCGCAGCAUAACCACAUAGAGCCAAAAACCAAAGAGUUUGGUGGGGUGGAUUGUCCACCAAUACCAGGAACUGUACAGCCCAUCAGUCGGGGCUCUGGCGAUAUGGAGUCCCUAUGUGGCAAGUUCAAAGGGAUUCAAGGUCACCACAACAGCUGUUACCUUGACGCCACUCUCUUCAGCAUGUUUGCCUUCACCAGCGUGUUUGACAACCUCCUGUUUCGGCCAGCAACGGACCGAGACAUAGCUCAGUAUGAAGAGGUGCAGACAGUGCUGAGAGAGGAGAUCGUGAACCCACUGAGAGAGAAGCUGUACGUCAGGGCAGACCGUGUUAUGAAACUCAGGACACUGAUGGAGAAACUGAGCUCGGUGACGGGACUCACUUGUGAAGAGAAAGACCCGGAAGAGUUCCUGACAUCGUUGGUGGCCCAGAUCUUGAAAGCUGAACCAUUCCUGAAGCUGAGCUCAGGUCAGGAAGCGUAUCAUUACCAGCUGUUCGUGGAGAAGGAUGAACAGCUGACUCUGCCCACUGUGCAACAACUGUUCGAACAGAGCUUCCUUGCCAGCGAUAUCAAACUGAAAGAGGUACCUUCCUGUUUGAUAAUUCAAAUGCCAAGGUUCGGAAAGUCAUUCAAAAUGUACCCAAGGAUACUUCCCUCCCAGCUGCUGGAUGUGACUGACGUUAUAGAGGAUUCCCCGCGCCAGUGCACUGUGUGUGGCAAGCUGGCAGAGUACGAGUGUAAGGAGUGCUUCGACCAAGGUAUCUGUGAGGAGGGACUACAAUGUAUUGCCUUCUGCUCCCCGUGCCUUGAUACUGCCCACUCGCACCAGAAGCGCAGCAAGCACGUUUGGCGGAGGCUGCAGGUGCCACACGAGUUUUCAGUGCUUCAGGACCACUGCGUAAUUCCGCGACUGUUUAUGGAACUGUUUGCCGUCGUCUGCAUCGAGACCUCACACUAUGUGGCCUUCGUCAAGUGUGGCACCGGGUCAGAUGCACCAUGGUGCUUCUUUGACUCCAUGGCUGACAGAAAAGGAGAGCAAAACGGAUACAACAUACCUGAAGUGGUGCCCUGCAUGGAUUUGCCUCUGUGGCUCUCGGAAAAGGGUGCCCUGACCUUGAACAAGGUGAAGGAUGAUCGUCUACUGCCUGAACAUGCCAAACGCCUUCUAUGUGACGCCUACAUGUGCAUGUAUCAGAGUUCCGAGGUCUCCAUGUACAGAUAAGGUUCCGAUUACUCGACAUCUGUAAAUAUUGUCAUUCUCUCCUCCGCAUACUUUCAAGCUGGUACUCUGUAAACGGCAGCAUCGUAAGUUAUUUUGUUGGCUGUGAUUUUAUUUAAAACCUGUAUAUAAUAUUGCUUCUGUAUGUAAAUAAGUAUAAGGUGACAAGUUUGACAAGCAGCCUCUGGAAACGUUUGAAAAUCGUUUUCACCACGAUCAGUGUAUACUUUUAUGGUUUUUUUGCAAGCAGUACCAUUCCAAAAUUUAUGAUAGUCGGGGAGUUCAUGUUGCAUUUGCAAAUUGUCUGUAUUUUUGUGUCAAGUUAUUGUGGACAAAAUUAAGAAAUUAGAUAUUUUAAAGUAAAAUACAAAUUUAUUGAAUCUAAAUAAAAAGAUUUUUGGUAGGGAUUUUAUAAACAGGUCAAUCUUAUUACACAAUCGUCUCUUAAUAUUCAGUGCACGUAUAUGGAUAUUCUUAGCCUAAAACAUGAUUUCUUCAACUUUGCAUUGUUGUAUCAAACAAUUUGUGAAAAUGCAAGAACAGUCCUUUUUAUCUCUUUUUUUUGUAACAAUUAUGAGUAGAAGAAUCAAAACCUUUGUUACUGAAUAUUGGCGAAGUACUAGUUAUUCGAGACAACAUGUUUACACUAUACAGAUUCUUGCAAUGCCGUUUGUUUCGGAUGAAUACUGAAAUUACAUUAUAUAAAAUUGAGUGUCCUUUAACCACGGUUCAUCAGGGCAUCACCGUGAACCAUGGAUAAAGGUUAAAUGUGUGGACAAAUGCUCCAGUGAAUGCAACACAAUACGCAUUUCCUGUUGAAUCCUCUACUUCUUACCGAGUUUUUUUGUAUAUGUUAGUUGCAUCUGUUGUGAUUCCGCUGUUGUCCCUCCAUCAGAUCAGAACGAACUGCUUUGUACAUAAAUAUAUAGAUUGAAAGGCUUAUUAUGGAUCGUGAUGAAAAAGUUUAGCUAUUUUGAUAUUUACAUACAUACCAAUAAGAAUCAAGUAAUUUUGAAAAACAUUAAAUGAAAACUGCUGCCAUAACUUUAGUAUCGUAGGGAAUUAACUGUUUUCUUUAGUAUUGAAUUUGAACAAAAGCGUACAGAAAUGGAAUGUUCUUGGCUCCAAUCUUUAAAAUCUCGUAUGUACAGACAUGAAAGCCUAACAUUUGGUUUUAGGGUUUUAAUCUUAAAAAAGUUAUGUCAACAUUAAUGUUUUAGGAUGCAAUCCAUUAUGGCACUGAAAAUUGAGGUGGUGGAUGUUGUGAAAUAAGAUUUAUUAAAAUGAUUAUGUCAAUAAGUUUGGUAUAAUUUUUAGUGCUAAGUAAUAAACAAGUAUCAGUUUAAGAGUUACACCAGUAUUGUAUUUUUAUAAGUAGGUAAUAACUCGCCUUUACUUAAGUGAUAGUAGAUUUAUAGUCAUCAGACACUGAAUGCUUUAUAAUUACAUUACCUAUGUGUAGUGUGUAUAAUCAACAAUCUUCCACUGCUGUAUCUUUUAUCAUACGAUCACUCGUUAUAUCUUACUACUAGUUUUGUUUUAUUCUCAUAAAUUCAGAUAUUAACGAAAUCCUAACACACCGGCUUAAAAUCACUGUUAAAAUGUGUAAUAUAAUAUUGUAAAACAACUGAGUUUUCUAAUAACAAGAUUGUAUGCUUUGUAAAGAACUUUGAAUAUUAAAAUUUUUCAAUCGAUAAAGGACAAUAAUAAAGCAUGUUUAUGGUAAAUAAUGAUGUCGGUAACUUUAGUAUUAUUUUCAAGUAAGUAAUAGAUAAAUAAUGCCAAAGUUCCAAGUUUAAACAGUGGGCAGUACCUUUUUGUUAUUUAAGUCUUCAAGUUUAACUACGGUAUCCAUUUCUGCCAGAACCAGCAUCAAAGUAUUCUACCAUCUUUUAACAAACCUAAAUAUCUAAAUCUUUGUCACAGUGAUACUUAAUGGUAUCACCUUGAUAUUUCCUCUUCACGAUUUUCACUAGUUAUGAUUUCAAGUCCGCAUUAAAAUAUGCAAGCAAUAUUAUAUAAAUUGUGUUUCACCAGAAAUUUGGUUCAAUAAAUAGAUUUCAUGUACACUCAGUUUUUUAUAAUUGUGUUGAACCUUAUAUUAUGAAGAUAUUCCAUUAAAAUAUUAUUUAUCAGUGUUAUUGACAAUAUAAAGCUAGUGUUCAUUCUGUAGUGUUGACCCUACACUAUCAUUAUUGUUGUCAAUAUUCCCCACUCAAUAUAAACAAAUAAAUACCUAAAUGGUCACUGGAGGAAAAAUACGUUUGACUGUUAUUUUCCGUUUUAUUUCAAGCUAUCCUUGUCAAAGUCGAUCACAGAUAUGAAUUAUACAAGUGGUAAUCAUCUUGAAACAUCAGAUUAAGCACAUGUUGUUCGCUUUAGUGCUUGACUUGUACAUUGUUAGGUUUGAUUUCAUAAAAAAAAAUCAUCACUGGUAUCAGACUUAUUGUUCAUGUAAUAUCAAUAAUGAAUUUAAGGAAAUGCUCACCACUUUUAUUUACAAUAACAUUGACGUGCCCUUAAUGAAUUAAAUGUUACUAUUAUGUUUGUUAAUAUACCACACCAAAUAAUAGUAUUGAUACAUAAAAUUCUAGACUUCCAUUAAUAUGCACAUAAAUUCAUCAGUACAAUUUUGCUUCUUUCAAUAAUAUUGACAAUAAUACUGAAUGUGUUGGGCAUUGUACAAAGCCAAACGAUUGCAAUAAUUGGCUUUGAAAACUUCUCGUUUAAAUAAAUGCCUAUUUACCACUUGAGCACAGGUCUAAUAUUGUGAAGAUUAUGUAACACUGUAAAGUACAUUGGUUGCUGAAUGUGUUAAAAAAAUUAUUUUCUUCCUUCAAAUAAAAAUUAUCAUAAACGACUAAGAAGUUAUGAAUGCUAAAAACAUGAGAGAAUGAAACAAUAGGUUUGUAUAACUUAGGAGAUUUUUUUCUAACACCACCACAAGUUUGGUGGUACACCCAAAACAGACUUGUCUUAAAUAGAUCAGAACUCAAUUACUAAAAAUUAGUUGUAGUUUAAGUUUUUAAAAUGCCAAAUUUAGUGUGCACAAUAUGGAAGAAUUUAUUAUGUUAUUAAUUCCCCAUUGCACGGUUAUAUUUAUGUUAGUAUAAUAGAAGAAUCUAAUAUACUUAUCAUUUUGUUUUAACCAGCACACAUGGUGUCAAAGGCACUAUGGAAUUUAAUCAAAUUUACAUUAAGUUUAAAUGUUCCACUUACUUGCAGUGUUUGACUUUAAAAUGAUCCGUGAAUUGUAUUUAACAUGUAAAUCUGAUUUAAUCUAAGAACACAACGAAAAGCAAAUACUAAGUUUCAUCAAUAACUGUAAACAUGCAAAAAACAUUCAGUUUCUCAUUUUUAAAACCAACACUUUGUAUGAAGACAUUAUUUUUAAUAUGUAAUGUGCUUUAGAAGUGUAAACUGUUAUAUACAUUUGUGUAAAUCUUGUUUAUAAGAUCAGAUCAUUAAACUAUUAUUUUUAUUGA